AAGAGCUGGCGUCGUGCUGGAAACCAGGAGGCUAGCUAGCUCUUUCCAAAAAGGCAUAUGAUAAACAGCCAGCUAGCUAGCUAGGUUUUGGUCCUAUCUAGUCACCAUCCAUCUACACCGGCGUUUCAAAUCCCCUUUUUCAGUAUAAUAUGGUGAUUUCAUCAAGCAAAAACGGACAGGUACGGCCUAUCAGCUAAAUUCACAGAGGUACGAGGCCCCGUCAAGGAGAGGUACGAGGCCCCGUCAAGGAGAGGUACGAGGCCCCGUCAAGGAGAGGUACGAGGCCCCGUCAAGGAGAGGUACGAGGCCCCGUCAAGGAGAGGUACGAGGCCCCGUCAAGGAGAGGUACGAGGCCCCGUCAAGGAGAGGUACGAGGCCCCGUCAAGGAGAGGUACGAGGCCCCGUCAAGGAGAGGUACGAGGCCCCGUCAAGGAGCGGUACGAGGCCCCGUCAAGGAGAGGUACGAGGCCCCGUCAAGGAGAGGUCCAGAGGUCCAAGAUGACUGAAGAGGUGAUUGUCAUCGCCAAGUUUGACUACCUGGCUCAACAAGACCAGGAGUUGGACAUUAAGAAGAACGAGCGGCUGUGGCUGCUGGACGACAGUAAGUCCUGGUGGAGGGUCCGCAACGCCACCAACAAGACCGGCUUCGUACCCUCCAACUACGUAGAGAGGAAGAACAGCGCCAGGAAGGCAUCCAUCGUCAAGAACCUCAAAGACACACUAGAGGUCUUACCUGGACUUGAAGAACGCACUGCCACCUUUACAGGCAUCGGGAAGGUGAAGCGGAAAACGGGAAUGCGUGACACGGCCUCGAACGCCGACGCCGACACGUGCUCCGACAAUGGCGAGCGCCUUUACGACCUCAACCUGCCGGCGCUCGUCAAGUUCAGCUACACCGCCGAGCGUGAGGAUGAGCUCUCAUUGGUUAAGGGUACACGCGUCAUCGUCAUGGAGAAGUGUAGCGAUGGCUGGUGGCGUGGGGGGUACCAGGGGUGUUCCGGAUGGUUCCCUUCCAACUACGUGACGGAGGACGCAGAUGGGACAGCGGGGGGAGGAGGGGGCGACAGUUUGGGGGACCCAAUAGGGUCACUGACUGAGAAGCUAGCAGCAGUGGUUCACAGUGUGUCUAACGGGAACCGGAGACUCCACACGGUGCAGGCGCUGUACCCUUUCAGCUCGGGGAACGACGAGGAGCUGAACUUUGAGAAGGGAGAGGUGAUGGAGGUGGUAGAGAAACCAGACAACGACCCUGAGUGGUGGAAGUGCCGUAAAGCAGAUGGACAACUGGGACUAGUGCCUAAGAACUACGUCAAUGUGCUACCUCCCCAGCAGGACUCCACUGCCCAGAAUGCCUCACCGGACCCCGCGGGGCCGCCCACGCCCGACUGUGACUACAUCUCUCCGGCCACGGUGGGGCGGUUUGCUGGGAAGCCAUGGUACUAUGGCAAGGUGACGCGUCAUCAGGCAGAGGUGGCUCUCAACCAGAGAGGAGUGGAGGGAGACUUCCUCAUCAGAGACUCUGAGUCAUCGCCCAAUGAUUUCUCCAUCUCUCUGAAGGCCCAGGGGAAGAACAAGCAUUUCAAGGUUCAGUUGAAGGAUGGUUUGUACUGCAUUGGCCAGAGGAAGUUCAGUUCUCUGGAGGACUUGGUGGAUCACUACAAGAAGGCUCCCAUCUUCACCAGCGAGCAGGGAGACAAGCUCUACCUGGUUAAGGCCCUGGCUGCCUCUUGAUCACACACUCUUAAACACACUCACACACAGAGGGAAACAAACAGUACAUACACUCACAGAGACAUCGCUAGGACUACUUAUGUGCCAGGAGCUGUGAGCAUGAAGAAAGGGGAGGAUGAGAGAGAAGAAGGAGUGGAGAGAGGAGGGAAAAGAACAUUCUGGAUUCUGUCAGACCUGUAGGUGGAUCAUGUGUUUAGGUCUUCUAGGUCAUUAUGCCAUCUACUAAAUCUAUACUGAACAAAAAUAUAAACGCAACAUGUAAAGUGUUGAUGAGCUGAAAUAAAAGAUCCCCUAAAAAUA